AUGUAUGAAUUGCAUCAUCAAAAUAAUUCUAAUUUACAAAAUGAGGUUAAUCAGAUUAAUUAAAGAUUAGAAAAACCUGAUUUACUUAUUGACAAUAUUAGAAAGCCUCUUAACCUUCAAUUUAAUUCAAAUAAUACAUGUCCUAUGAAUGGUGAAAAUAAUUAUUCUAGGCUUAUAUUCAAAUAAUUCAAAUUAUUCUAUGAAUGGUAGAAAAAAAAUUGAUGUUGGACAAAAAGUGUGCUUAUAUGAUUCUAGGCUGAAAUUAUUCUCAGGAAAAUUAAAAUCAAAAUGGACAGGGCUUUAUGUGGUGGAAGAAACAUAUGAUCAUGGGGCUGUAAUGAUUAAAGAUCCUAAAAAUGAUCAUAACUUUAAGAUAAAUGGACAACGGCUUAAACAUUACAUAGAACAUGAACACCUUGCAGAAAAAGAAAAAUUAUUAUUAAAAGAAAUUUAAGAGUAAGAUUAAUAUGUCCAACUGGAGAUAUUAAAUUUAGCGCUGCAUGGGAGGCAACCUAUGGUUUUUAUUUCAUUCUAUUUUUUUAAAGCUCUAUUUUUCUUAGAAUUUCUCAGUACUUGUUUCUGUAUUUGGUUUUUUUUUCUUCAAAAAAGUACAGGAGGAGUGUAAGAUGAAGUGGAAAAUUAAAAACGAAUUGAGGUGAUGUCUUUUUGAGCUUUAUCAUUUAUAAUAACAUUUUUAGUUCUUAACUUUGUAUAUAUGCAUGCUUCACUUGAAAAUUAUAUUUUCUGCAUAUUCUGUUCUAAUUUUUCUGUGUCAUUGAGGACAAUGUCAUUUUUAAGUUGGGGAGUGAAGUAUUAAUUCUUAAUUUAUGCUCUAUGACAAUUAAGAACAUGUGUUUACAUUUUUUUUCAUGCUCACUUAGAACAGCAAUUAAUUUUUUUUUUCAGAAAAACUACAACAUCUAUUUUCUAGUUUUCUAUAGUAGAAAAAAACAGCCCAAAAUUUAAAAUUCUAGAUACCUUUUUCUCACAUUUCAAUCCCUUGGACAGAUAUUACUGAAAUUCGAAAUUACAACUAUAAAAAGGAUAAUUUUGAUUUAUUUUUGACAAAUUUAUUGUUGUUAAAAAUAGAACUGAAAAUAGAACUAAAAAUAGAAAGUAAAACUGUUAGAACUAUCUAAUUUACAAAUUUCUUACAUCAUAUUGCAUGCCCAAAAAUUAAAUCAAGUAGAUUGAUUGAUACCAAAAGAUACUAGGAAGAUUAUUAUUGAGCUAAAAGAAUGAUUUAAUAACAUGAAAUGUUGGAAUACUCUUUUGAUACAUGAUAGAUAACAUGGAUUUAAUUUUAUAGAUUUUUACUUCAUGAUCUUGAUGGAUAAUAUUUACUUGAUGUGAAAAUUUGAUUGAUCAUUUGAGUUUAAUGGAGAGUUUCCAAUCUUGAUCUAUAGGACUUGUGAGGAGAAAUCACUUAUUUCAAAAAAAAUAAAAAGACCAAUGUGAAAAAUCUAGAAAUGAAGAGUACACAUGGAGGGUGUGAGACAUCAUUCUCAUUGUUGAAAAUUGUGCAUAGAAAAACAUUUGCUGCAAAGUAA